CGCCAUCUUGAAGCUCUUAUUUCUCUCUUCAUGUUGCGUACUACGCCCCUUGUUGAUGAAAAACGACAGUAAGCAGCUUAAAAAUUAAAACCUUUAUUUUUAUAGAUAAGGUCAUUAGCAGCCAGGACGCUUUAUUUAAAAGCUUUUGUAACUGGCUGAAACCAUGCAAAAGUAUGAGAAGUUGGAGAAGAUAGGAGAGGGUACAUAUGGGACUGUUUUCAAGGCUAAAAACAGGGAGACGCAUGAGAUUGUGGCCCUCAAAAGAGUGAGAUUGGAUGAUGAUGAUGAGGGGGUACCAAGUUCAGCAUUACGAGAAAUUUGCCUCCUGAAAGAACUGAAGCAUAAAAACAUCGUUAGGUUGCAUGAUGUCCUUCACAGUGAUAAGAAGCUAACAUUAGUUUUUGAGUACUGUGAUCAGGAUUUGAAGAAAUACUUCGACAGCUGCAAUGGUGAUUUAGAUCCAGAGAUUGUUAAGUCCUUCAUGUACCAGUUAUUGAAGGGACUUGCCUUCUGCCACAGUCGAAAUGUUCUCCACCGGGACCUUAAACCACAAAAUCUGCUAAUUAACAGAAACGGUGAACUGAAGCUAGCUGACUUUGGCUUGGCCAGAGCUUUUGGGAUUCCUGUAAGAUGUUAUUCUGCUGAGGUGGUGACAUUGUGGUACAGGCCUCCAGACGUGCUGUUUGGUGCUAAGCUAUAUUCUACCUCAAUUGACAUGUGGUCUGCAGGGUGUAUAUUUGCAGAACUGGCAAAUGCAGGACGUCCGUUAUUUCCUGGUAAUGAUGUGGAUGACCAGUUAAAGAGGAUCUUUAGAUUGCUGGGGACACCAACAGAAGAACAGUGGCAGACUAUGAACAAACUUCCAGAUUAUAAGCCUUAUCCAAUGUACCCGGCUACUACAUCACUUGUGAAUGUUGUCCCGAAACUCAGUAGCACUGGCAGAGACCUACUACAGAAUCUUCUGAAAUGCAAUCCAGUACAGCGAAUUUCAGCAGAGGAAGCCCUACAGCACCCUUACUUUGCUGAUUUCUGCCCACCCUAAAUUUCAGAUCAACCGAGCAUCAUUUAGAAAUAUAAUGGGCCAGUCUUACCUCAUGCAACCCCUUCAAUUCCUCCAGCUUUGAGACAAUUCUCCAUUAGUGAGUUUGUGUCAUUCACAUGCAGUGAUUUGUGAUUGUAUAGUGGCACAUUCUAAUGCAGAGUGCGGUGCUAUAACAAUACAUAAUCCAUGUGUUUAGAGUCGCCCAAAAAAAUACAUUUUUACUUUUAUGGGGUACUUCUGAAGAUCAUGAUCAUCACCUUUAGUCCCCCAAAAUUCAUAUAUCCUGGCCCUGCACAAUUAAUUUAGUUGAUUGCCAAAUGUGUUUCAUAUGUCUUUAAUGGUUUACAAAAUGCUGCCAUGAAGACUUAAAGGCAGUAUGUUUUUUGUCAAAGAUCAAAUGAACAAUAUAAUUUAAUAAGGUACAGAGCACAUAAAGUACAUGAUUUAGCUUUUGUUAAAUAUAUAGUAUUUAAAAAGUUACUUUUCCAUUUAAGGUUUUUGUUUUUUAUGUUAUACGUGCUAUAAGGCUAAGGAAAAAUGUGUUAUUAUUUUGUGCUUAUUGUGCAACUGUCCUUCUGCCAUUUUCUGUGAAUGAGAUUUUAGCAUUUGAGUCAUUUUUAACAAUUCUAUUAGUGUUUUUUCAAAUAAUUUUAGUGAAUCAAACAGUGUGGCAUUUGUUUUUCAUCAUAUUAAUAUUCAUAACCCUCUAUGCAGGGUGUUAAGAAGACUUUUGCAUAGUGGACCACAAGAAUUGCCUAUUGAAGAAUAACCAUCAGAGCAGUAGCUGUAUCUAAAAGAAUACUAGUAAAAGAAUGUUCUUGUAAGGCCUCAUUAGAAACUUUCAAAUUCCUUUGAGAUUGUAUGCAAAUGCAUGCCGGUAUUGUCAUUACAAUUUUAUGUGAUGUUGCACAAGCGUACCUUAUGGAAGAGUCAUGCCAUUGGAUAGUCUAUGAUGACCCUGAAUUCUGUAAAAUAUUAGAAAAAAUUAAAUAUGCAAACAUUUUCCGUAUUUCCCCUUUUGCAAGCUUUGCUUUUUUUCAUCAGCUUCAGUAGAUAAAUGUUUUUAGAGAACAUAAUCCACAUCAUAUCUCACAGGCCUUUCAUAGUGAUUGUAUCCAUUAUUGAUUUAAAAAAGUACUAUGUUUUCAGAAAACUGUUUAAUCAAUAGAGGUUGACUUGAAGACAAGGGACCAUUCCAGACAAAUUUGGAAAAUCUGUCACAAUAAAUCUAACAUUCUGUUUAAAUACUAUUUUUUUUUUUUUUAUGUUAAAUAUAUAUAUAUAUAUAUAUAUAUAUAUGAUUUGUCACAGAGACAAAUUUAAGUUAAAAGGUUAACCGUUAAAUGUGUAAAUACGGUCCUUCGAUCUUUGAAAGCUACCAAGAAACUCAGUUUGCAACCCUAAAUCAAGGCAUCACUGAUCUACUUCAUGGCAUAUUUUAUGAUCUGCAAUCAAUGUAUAAAUUGGUUAAAAGAACUUGACUGUGCACCAGUCAGCGAUGGGCACAAAAAUAUGAAAAUGUAUUUAAAAUAAAAAUACAAAAUACCUCAGUUUAAUUGUAUAAAAAUAAAAUACCAAAUACUGUGUGGGGAAAAAAAUGUAUCAAAGUAUAAUACAGUAUUUUGUAUCUUCAAAAUACAUGUAAAAUUGGCUAUUCAAUAAAGUAUCUCUAUUAGGCUGAAAUCUAUCUGGACCUAUUCUGAAUGCAAAAACAUUUUGAUGUACAGCUGCUUAGAAACUUUUGUUUUCAUUUCAACCACCUCUUCAAUCAAUUAAAGACCAUUAUAUAUAAACAGGUACAUGAUUACAAACUUACAUUUACAAUUAGCAGCCAUUUUUAUACUUAUUUCUGUCCAGGUUACACUGCAGCCUGCUAUUGUGGUGAACCCUAUUAAAUAAAUCACGUGUAAAACAGUGGGUACUUUUC